AUGGCAGGCCCUUUCGCAUCAAUCGAGCAUGCAGUGGCAUCUUUCUCAAAAAACAAGUUCCUAAUUGUAAUGGAUGAUGAAUCACGGGAAAACGAGGGCGAUCUAAUUUGCGCGGGGGACAACGUUACGCAAGAGCAGAUGGCUUUCUUAGUGCGCUACUCUUCGGGUUACGUAUGUGCACCAAUGAGCAAUGAGUUUGCGGAUAGACUUGACCUGCCUCUAAUGCGUGAACUCAAGUGUCAAGCGAACGACGACGACAGACAUGGCACUGCCUAUACAAUUACCUGUGACUACGCCAAAGGAACGACCACAGGUAUUUCGGCUCACGACAGGGCUCUUACAUGCCGUAAGUUAGCAGACUCGACUAAAACUGCAACAGAUUUCUUGAAGCCUGGUCACGUGGUUCCCUUGAGGGCUGUCGAUGGUGGUGUUUUAAAGAGAGGCGGGCAUACCGAGGCCGCUGUCGACCUUUGCAAAUUAGCUGGUAAGCCUCCCGUUGCAGUUAUCUGCGAGUUAGUUAGGGAUAGCGACGGAAUGAUGAUGAGAUUGAAUGACUGUGUCGCAUUCGGUAAAGAACACGGAAUUGAACUGAUUACAAUUGAACAGUUAAAGAGUCAUAUUCAAAGAAAACCUUGA